CAGAGAGAGAGGUGAAUUCAACGGAUUGGAGCAGAUAGAGACAGAAAGAGGAAAAACACACUACAGAGGAGAAGUAAGCAAGUGCUCUCUCUUUCGAAUCUCUCUUCUCCAUUUUUGCAGAGGAAACCGCUUUCACUCUCCCACAAAGACACACUUUUGAAAUCUAGAAGGUAACUCAUUUUUAUGGCCAUUGCACUGAAAUCAUCUUGCUUCUUCCAAGUGAAGAAACCUGAGGCUGGUUUCCCGGUUUAUUUUUCCUCCAAGAAAGCUAUAAUCUCGGUGAAGAGAAACACUCCAGUGGCCGCUAUCAGGACCAUGGAAACAGUUGGGCUCUCUGAAACUUUCAGCAGGUUGAAAAAACAAGGCAAAGUGGCUUUCAUCCCAUACAUUACAGCUGGGGAUCCUGACCUUUCAACCACAGCAGAAGCACUAAAAGUGCUUGAUUCAUGUGGAUCUGACAUAAUCGAGUUAGGGGUUCCAUACUCUGAUCCUUUGGCAGAUGGUCCUGUUAUCCAGGCUGCUGCCACACGAUCUUUAGCAAGGGGGACCAAUUUUAAUGCGAUUAUUUCUAUGCUGAAGGAGGUUACUCCACAAUUAUCUUGUCCAGUUGCACUUUUUUCAUAUUACAAUCCAAUACUGAAACGUGGUACUGAUAAAUUUAUGUCCACCAUAAGAGACAGUGGCGUACAUGGGCUUGUAGUCCCAGAUGUUCCCCUAGAGGAGACAGAAAUUUUAAGGACAGAAGCUAAGAAGAAUGGAAUUGAACUGGUACUCCUAACAACACCCACUACUCCAAUAGACCGAAUGAAAGCCAUUGUUGAUGCUGCAGAAGGAUUUGUGUAUCUUGUAAGCUCAGUGGGGGUCACCGGAGCCCGAGCAUCUGUUAGUGAUAAAGUUCAGGCUCUUUUGCAAGAAAUUAAAGAGGCAACAUCAAAGCCUGUGGCAGUUGGUUUUGGAAUAUCAAAACCAGAGCAUGUGGAACAGGUAGCAGGAUGGGGAGCUGAUGGUGUGAUUGUUGGCAGUGCUAUGGUGAAGAUACUUGGUGAUGCCAAAUCUCCUCAAGAGGGAUUGAAAGAACUGGAAAACUUCACUCGCUCCUUAAAAUCAGCACUUCCUUGAAAUUCAACCUCAGAGGGCGCGAACUUCUAAUAGUUGUUUUCUUCAUACAGAUUAUGGAUUGAAUAAGGAUAUGAUAGUUUUUAUUUUUUUUAUGCUCAUCAUGUACUAAUACUAUGAUCAAGUUUUGUUCCUUUUGGAUUAUGGUGGGAACUGAUCUUCUUUACUUAAUUAAAUGUCCAUUAUGAGAUUCUUCUUA